AUGGCUUUUCCACGAGUUUUUCCAUUUAUUGGUGCAAUCGUUGCUAUUGCAGCUGUUGGUCUUACGAUUAUUGGUGUCUCAACAGAUUAUUGGUUUUCAACGACAAUUUUUCAUUCUGGAUUAUGGAGACACUGCACCAGCGAUACCAAUACUAUUUGUAGUGAAUUAAAAGCGCCACAAUCGUCGGAAAUGGCAAUCAGUGCUUUAGUUGCAAUGGCUGUUGCUGCCUUAUUAGCAAUUAUCUCAGGAGUUUUAUACAAUAAAACCGAUGGUAGCAAUAAUGUUGCUCGUUUAUGUGGCUCAUUGUCAGUUAUUCUUCUCUUCUCAAGUGGUAUUUUGAUUGCAGCAAGUUUAAUGAGAUAUUUUUCAGUCCAUGUGGAAACUGGUUAUUCAUUUACAUUAAUGACAAUUGCACAAUUUUUAUCGUUCAUGGCUGCUAUAUUGAUUGCACAUUGGAUGGAGAUACUACCGCUAUUAGAAUUACAAGGACUUGAAGAUUAUCGCCCCUAUCACAAGAAUCUAGCUUAUAAUAGCGCAUCAGAAUAUUUGGAUCAUGAUCGUUUAAUUCAUUUAACAAUUGUUGAUAUGUUUUAG